AUGUCGUCAGCCCUCAACGCGAUCAAGAUUCGUCGCAAGAAGAAUGUCAAGAAGGGAAUCCAGUUUUGUUUGAUGGUCUGCGGCGCCAGUGGAACAGGCCGCACCACUUUUGUCAACACUCUCUGCGGCAAGCAGGUUCUUGAGGGCAAGGAUGCCGAUGAUGCCGCCAAUGCCCACCUUGAGGAGGGUGUCCGCAUCAAGCCCGUAACUGUCGGCAUGUAUCCUCAGAUACCCGACGGAUCAUCAUGGACUGACUUUUUGGACAGCUUCGGCGAGAUUGUCGGUUAUCUUGAGCGCCAAUACGAUGAUAUUCUUGCAGAGGAGUCGCGAAUUAAGCGUAACCCUCGAUUCAGGGAUAACCGAGUGCACGUGCUGCUUUACUUCAUCACACCCACCGGCCACGGUCUGCGUGAACUCGAUAUUGAACUGAUGAAGCGUCUCUCCCCCCGUGUCAACGUCAUUCCCGUCAUUGGAAAGGCCGACUCGCUCACCCCCGCCGAAUUGGCUGAGUCCAAGAAGCUGAUCAUGGAGGACAUCGAACACUACCGCAUCCCUGUCUAUAACUUCCCCUACGACAUUGAGGAGGAUGAUGAGGACACUGUGGAGGAGAACGCCGAGCUCCGUGGACUGAUGCCCUUUGCCAUUGUCGGUUCCGAAGACUUUGUUGAGAUUGACAACCGGAAAGUGCGCGCCCGCCAGUACCCAUGGGGUGUCGUUGAGGUUGAGAACCCUCGUCACUCGGACUUCUUGGCUAUCCGUAGCGCUCUGCUCCACAGCCACUUGGCUGAUCUGAAGGAGAUCACUCACGACUUCCUCUACGAGAACUACCGUACCGAGAAGCUCAGCAAGAGCGUCGAUGGUGGCUCUGGUGGCUAUGAUUCUGCUAUGAACCCCGAGGAUCUCGCCAACCAGUCUGUCCGCCUCAAGGAGGAGCAGCUCCGCCGCGAGGAAGAGAAGCUCCGCGAGAUUGAAAUCAAGGUACAGCGUGAGAUUGCCGAGAAGCGACAGGAGCUCUUGGCUCGCGAGAGCCAGCUCCGAGAGAUUGAGGCUCGCAUGCAGCGCGAGCAGCAAAGCCAGGGCAGUAUGGGCGAAGCAGCCAAUGGAGAGGCUUAG